AUGCAAUCAAUUCUACGUGGUGGUAAUCGAGUUCUUAUAUCAAGAUCAACCGAUGUAUAUACUAACUUAGCAUUAGAACGUUAUUUAGCUGAAAAUAUAAAACAUCAACCAAAAACUCGCUUAUUAUUACUUUGGCGUAAUAAACCAUGUGUUGUUAUGGGUCGAUAUCAAAAUCCUUAUGUUGAAAGUGAUAUUAAAUAUUUGAAUGAUAAACAAAUUGAUUUAGCAAGACGUUAUUCGGGUGGUGGAACAUGUUAUCAUGAUUUUGGAAAUUUAAACUUAACUAUAUUAACAACACGUCAAGAUUAUAAUCGUAAGAAAAAUCUUCAAUGGGUUGUUAAUACACUAAAUAAAGCAUUUAAUUUAACAUUAUAUAUAACUGAUCGUGAUGAUAUAUUUCUUGAUACAUAUAAAGUAACUGGUAGUGCAUCACGUCUUGAACGUUUAUAUGCAUAUCAUCAUUUUACUUUAUUAUUACGUGCUGAUUUAAAUGAAUUAAGACGAUCAUUAAAAUCUACUGAUCACAUGCAUAUAACAAGUAAAGCAACAUCAAGUGUACGAUCAUCUGUAUUAAAUUUAUCUGAUCAAAAUAAUUCAAUAACAUAUGAAAAUACUCUUGAAUUAUUAAUAAAAACAUUUUUUCAAUGGAAUAAUGAAGAAAAUACUUCGAAUUAUGAUUAUAUCGAUUCAUUAUUAUAUUAUGAACAAACGAAAAAUAUUGAAAAUGAACUUAAAUCAAAGAAAUUUAUCUUUGAAACAACACCACCAUUUGUUUAUACAAUUGAAAAUAAAAAACAAACAAUUGAAAUAACAGUAUCAAAUGGAAUCAUAACCGAUAUAAAAGGAAAUGAUUUAAUUAAUGAAAAAAAACAAUUUAUAGGACAAUUGUUUCAUUCUGUUUAUGAUGAUAUUCACAAACUAAAGACAAAUUAUUUGUCUGAAUAA